AUGACAGAGCAUUCGGUAGAAUUCGGGAAACGACUGCUUCCUCAGGUCGUUGAUCACUAUGCACGAACUGAACCCAGCCGCGUGUAUGCCUCUAUACCCAAAUCCGCCGCAGACUUGUCAGAUGGGUUUCAAGAUGUCACCAUGGCCAAACUGGCAUCUAUCGUAGACAGUCUGUCAUGGUGGCUCGAGAGUACAUUGGGCGUGGGCAGCCUCAACGCGAUAGCUUACAUUGGGCCAGCAGACAUUCGCUAUGCCGUGAUGUUCCUGGCGGCCAUGCUGUUCAUUUCACCGAGGAAUCAAGUCGCCCAGAAUCAAAACAUGCUAGUAGCAUCAGAUUGCAAGGCGCUUUUCUACGCAGAGGAACUGGCCCCGGCCGCUACAUCGCUAAAGGAGAGUCUGCCUCACAUGAUAGUAAAGAGCGUGCAAUCGCUCAAUGAGAUGCUUCAAACGCGUGAUGAUACCAAGCAUUAUCCGUUCGAUAAAAGCUUCGACGAGGCUCAAAAUGAGCCCUGCCUUAUCCUACACUCCUCGGGCUCGACGGGUAUCCCCAAGCUUGUGACUAUGACACACGGUACAUUCGCCGUCACCGACAAUGACCGGAACAUGCCAGCUCCCGAGGGGCGCCGUCCGCAAAACGCAGCCCAAUUCAACUUUGAAGGAGGGGGGAAAUUUUACUCGUGCUUUCCACCAUAUCACUUGGCAGGCGUUCAUGCGUACAUUGAUCUGCCCAUCUUCUCCUCGAGCGCAACCGUCGUCUUUGGCCCAACCCAGCUACCACCUAGUGGCUACCUACUCUCGGAGAUUCUGAAGCGUCAACACGUGCGCGCAUUCUAUGUUCCGCCAUUCAUUAUAGAGCAAUGGUCAGCCGAACCCGUUGCUUCCGAGCAAGCUAAACAGCUUGAUUUCGUUCUUUUCGGUGGCGGUCCGCUCUCCCCAGCUAUCGGUAACAAGUUGAGCGAAAUCACAGACGUCUGUCAGAUGUAUGGCUCACUAGAGGUGGGCCAAGUCCAGCUUCUCGUUCCACAGACCGGUGAAUGGUCUUAUCUGGAGCUCAACCCAUUCGAGGAAGCCGACAUGCAGCCUGAUGGCGACGGCGCUUUCGAGAUGGUGUUGCAUCAGGAUCCGAAGUUUGCCAACCGCCGUUCUCUAUGGCACAACUUUCCAGACGUCAAGUCAUGGCGGACAGGCGAUCUCUUCAUGCCACAUCCUUCGAAGCCAGGCCUCUGGCGCUUCCAUUCUCGCGUAGACGACAUCGUCGUGCUUUCUAGCAGUCAUAAGCUCCGUCCACUCGAGAUGGAAACCAUUAUACAAGGCGAUCCUCUGCUAUCGGGAGCUCUUAUUGCAGGGCAGGGGAAGCCGGAACCGUUGUUGAUCGUGGAACCCAAACCUGGCGUAUAUGACGGUAACCUUGAAGCCUUCAUUGAUCGUAUAUGGCAUUCUGUCAAGGAAUCGAACGCCAUUGCACCAACCUACGCCCAAAUAAAGCGCUCAAAAGUGGUAGUCGCAAGCCCUGAGAGGCCAUUCUUACGCGCACCCAAGGGCAGCGUUGCCCGGAAGUUGACAAUCCAAGCUUACGCGGAUGAGAUCGAGGCAGCGUAUGCAGACGAUCUCCCGCACGCCGAGUCGAAUGGAACAGCUCUCCAAGGCAUCGACGCCUUCAUUCUGCCCGGUGUGAAGCAGUACGUCCGCAAAUGCGUCGAGGAAUUCCUUCCGGACGUGGUGCUUUCGGACAGCGACAACAUUUUCCUUCGGGGCUUGGAAUCACUGGGUGCAGCCGGCCUCAGCAGAAAACUCCGAGUGGGCCUGGCAAGUCAGAUGAAGUCCGCCAGAGUUCUUGCGGUGUCGCUGCGCCUGAUAUACAUGCAUCCUACGAUUGACGGGCUCGCAUCCGUUAUCGUCGACACCAUAUUCGAUCGCGACGUACCAGAUGCGGCCAUCAACCGCGAUGCUCAGAGCAUGGAGCGUGCCGUGGAGGAUUUCACGGAAAACCUACCGCAGAAGACUGUAGGCGCAACUACUCUGCCUCCGUCAGAGGGAAUCAACGUGGUCCUGGUAGGCCCGCGAGGCUCGCUGGGACCGAAUAUUGUGAGGGAACUCCUGCUCAAUCCACGAGUUGCGAAGCUGUACUGCCUGAACCGCGGCGAAGACGGGCGUGAGAGGAUGCGAGAGACGUUUAAUGACAAAGGUCUUGCGUGCGACGUUGACGAUGCGCGUUUAUCCUUCAUGCCCAUCGCGCUUAGCCAGCCACGGCUGGGGCUCUCCGACGACCACUACGCCGAGCUGUCGCGCAACGCACACAUCAUCAUCCACAACGCCUGGAAGGUCGAUUUCAGCUGGACGCUCGACUCGUACAAGGUCGAGCACCUCCACAGCAUCCGCGACCUGGUGGACUUGUCCGGCCAUAGCUCGCUGAAACCGCGCAUCAUUUUCGUCUCGUCCAUCUCCUCCGUGCAGGAGUGGGCGUCGAUAUAUCCAACUCCAGUCUCCGAGACGCCCCUCGAGUCCUACGAUGUCGCGUCGCCACUUGGCUACGGCCAGUCUAAGCACGUAUCGGAGCGUAUCCUGGUGAAAGCAAGCGCUGCAUCUGGCAUCCCCGUUACCAUCCUGCGCGUCGGCCAGGUCGCUGGCCCUUCCACGGGGACCGGCAGCAAGUGGUCUACGGACGAGUGGAUUCCCUCCCUCGCGGCAAUCUCAAAGACGCUCAAGCUGAUUCCCACCGAUAUCCCGCCCAUUGAUUGGGUGCCGGUGGAUUUGAUGGCUCGGGCCGUUUGCGAGUUAGCACUUUCGCAGGAAGGACAACAGGCUUCCAUAUCUUUGGAAGGCGCAGGAGAAGCAGACCUGCUCAAGAUCUUUAACGUCGUCAAUCCGCAUCUGUCAGAAUGGGCGAUAUUCGUAGAGGUUCUGCGCAAGCGGCUAGGCGUGACAGCCAAUCAGGUGACUCUGACCGAGUGGGUUGAUCACUUGGCUCGCACUGACCCGAAGAGCAUGUCUGAGGAAGAGGCCUCCUCGUCCAUGAAAAUCCUCCCUUUCUUCCAGCACCUGGCCGAGACAGCAGCGCAUGGGACCGAGCUGCAGCCCAAGUUCGAGACAGCCAAUAGUGUCAAGGCGAGCCGCACUAUGGCGGACAUGGGGGCCGUCGAUGAAACGUUGAUAGACCGCUGGUGUCAACAAUGGGGCAUUUAA